GAGGGCAGCUCCGUGUCAUUGGCGGCUCAGUCCGAUGGUUCACACCACCUGGAACUGAUAAGAAAAAGUAUGGAGGAGUUGUUGGAUUUUCAGGACAAACCCAGGGACUCAUAUGGAUGCCCGUGACACACAGGUAUGCCGCGAGCCGGUCAAUACUGGCCGGCCGCCAUGUGGUGGCUACAAGACAACGAAAUCCCGAUAAAUUAGAUUAUUGGAUUGACUGCCACAGAUUAUUGGUCUCCUUCAUCCUCGAUGCUUCCAAAGAAAACGGUAUCAAACUGAUCAUAUAGGGAGGUUUCGGGAUAUCAAACCUUGAUAAAGUCCUGGAUUAAAUGACUGGUAGCCAUGCUGACCAGCUUUAUAGAAGGUCUCCUCUGCUGCCUCACCUCAAAAUCUGCCAACACUGUGGUCCCCAUUGAAACCUCAGAACUUGCAGACGGCUAUGAGUUUGUGGAGGUGAAACCAGGCAGAGUUCUGCGGGUUCGACACAUCAUCCCGGAUCGCCCCAUAGAAGAGGAACCAUCGCAGGGGGCAAGCGUCAGCUGCAAGAGAAAGAUCACAGUUUACCGCAACGGACAGCUCUUCAUAGAGAAUCUGGGUGAGAGGGCGAGCGCCGAGCUGAAAUCCUGUCAAAACGGAGAGACAGAACCCAACAGCACUGUGGAAGUUGAACUGGCAGAAUCCCGUAACUCAUCUCCCCCCGUCAGCCUUCCUGAGCCCCGCUCAGAAUCCGUCACAGCCGGAAACAACGGGGCAUCUGAAACAGGAGCGGCAGGUGAGGCACCUGCUGCGGUUCACCCCGACCAAUCCCAGCAGCCCAGGAAGCGCAGGAGGAAGCCCAAACGCACCGUAGUGAUUGACUGUGAGAGGAAGAUAUCAGCCUGCAAAGGGACGCAUUCAGACGUGGUUCUGUUCUUCAUCCACGGAGUGGGAGGCUCGCUAGAUAUCUGGGGAAGCCAGCUGGAGUUCUUUUCUCGCCUGGGCUACGAGGUGAUUGCUCCAGACUUGGCAGGUCACGGAGCCAGCUCUGCUCCACAGAUAGCUGCUGCAUACACGUUCUACGCCCUGGCUGAGGAUGUGAGGAUCAUCUUCAAAAGAUAUGCAAAGAAGAGGAAUAUUCUGAUUGGACAUUCUUAUGGCGUGUCCUUCUGUACAUUCCUGGCUCACGAGUUUCCAGAUCAAAUUCAAAAGAUGGUGAUGAUCAACGGUGGCGGUCCCACCGCUCUGGAGCCCAGCCUCUGCUCCAUCUUCAACCUGCCCACCUGUGUGCUUCACUGCCUGUCUCCUCUGCUGGCGUGGAGCUUUCUCAAGGCUGGCUUUGCUCGGCAGGGUGCCAGGGAGAAGCAGUUGCUGAAAGAAAACAAUGCCUUCAAUGUGUCGUCAUUCGUGUUGCGUGCCAUGAUGAGCGGGCAGUACUGGCCUGAGGGGGACGAGGUUUACCACGCCGAGCUCACCGUGCCCAUCUUGCUCGUUCAUGGUAUGCACGACAAAUUUGUCCCGGUUGAAGAGGACCAGCGCAUGGCGGAGAUCCUCCUGAUGGCUUUCCUGAAGGUGCUGGAAGAUGGUAGUCACAUGGUCAUGAUGGAGUGUCCAGAGACUGUCAACACACUCCUGCACGAGUUCCUCCUCUGGGAACCGGCCACCCCAGCGCUGGUAAAGAAGGAGAACAAAACUCGUCCGGAGACGGCCAAAGCUCAAACCGACAACAACAGAGAAGCGACCGAGCCCGCCACAGUCCGGCCUGCAACCGCCAGGCAAACCUAAUCCAGGACAGAGGGACGAAGGGAGAAGAUAACUCUGGAUAAAGCUGAUUCAGACGGUUCAAGCUGAAACAGUGUUUGCCAGAGAAAAACCAAAGCUGGUCCGAGCACUCUCUAAGAAAAUGAGCCUGUUGAGGCAACCAGAAGUGCUGGUUUGUCUCAGCAGGUCAGUCGAAUGUUAGAUUUGUGGCAGGAGGACCGUGCUGAGUUUCUAGCUCUCCUUUACAACAUGUGAACACCAGAGCUAAAGCAGGAAGAUCUCAGUCUUCAGCAAACAGUUUUGGUUCCAAACAUGCAGCAGGAAAAUCCUUGUUGUGCCUUGAAGUGGUUUCUGCAAAAAUGAACACAAGACACAGCGAUUCAGCUGCGAACGCUCCCAGAAACACUGGGAGUCCAACGCAAAGAGGAGAACGUUGAGUGACUUUGCACAUCCUGUGAAGAGGAAACAUACUUUCAUACUCCUGAAGAAGUGAUUCAAACAUUUUAGGUUGUGAACAAACCUACUGUGUUAGCACUUUUAAUCUCAAGCUGCAAAUGAUUGUUUUUUUUUAAGUUUUUAUGAAGAUGUGAAAAUAAAAUCCCACAAAAAUAAACACAAAUGUUGGAUAGAAGUUUAUGAAAUGUUAAAGAAAAAAUAAAUGGCUGAAUAAAUUAUUGUAUUCAACUUUU